AUCUCACCAGAGACACACAAUUCACGACGAGCCAUGGCUUCAAGUUUCAGCGGCGAUGAAACUGCUCCUUUCUUCGGAUUCCUCGGCGCUGCCGCAGCUCUCGUUUUCUCCUGCAUGGGAGCAGCAUACGGGACAGCGAAGAGCGGGGUUGGUGUGGCGUCGAUGGGUGUGAUGAGACCAGAGCUCGUGAUGAAGUCGAUUGUUCCGGUGGUUAUGGCUGGAGUUUUGGGUAUUUAUGGUCUCAUCAUUGCUGUUAUCAUCAGUACCGGAAUCAACCCUAAGGCUAAGUCUUACUAUCUCUUCGACGGCUAUGCUCAUCUCUCUUCGGGUCUUGCUUGUGGUCUCGCCGGUCUCUCCGCCGGUAUGGCUAUCGGAAUCGUCGGCGAUGCUGGUGUUAGAGCGAAUGCGCAACAACCAAAGCUGUUUGUAGGAAUGAUUCUGAUUCUCAUUUUUGCUGAAGCUCUUGCGCUUUACGGUCUCAUUGUUGGUAUCAUCCUCUCUUCUCGAGCUGGUCAAUCCAGAGCCGAGUGA